AAGGAUUUCCACCACUUUAUAUAACAGUUGGUACAGAUGAAAUAUCAAUUGAUGCAAUUCGUGAUAUGAGUGAGAAAAUGAAAUUAUCAGGUGUAGAAGUUAUAUUAGAUGAAGGUGAAGGAUUGAUGCAUACAUAUGCUUUAUUUCAUCUGUGGUCAUCUCAAAGUAGAUGGGCUCAAGAGAAAAUUCAUCAAUGGAUUCAAGAACAAUUGUUAAUUGGAAUGCAAUCAAAAUUCAAUAUAGAUAGGGCUACAACAAAUCCAUAG